AUGCCGGCCUCAAGACAAAUUUCACUGGUGUCCGUGACAAGAAUGUUGUCAGUGAAGUGGGGAGGGAGCCGCGAAAGAGAACGGCGGCGGGGGGGAGGGGUAGCGACAAGAAGAUUAAGAGGGAAGCAGAGGAGUUGGGAGCUGGCGGUCGUUCCCAGGGAAGAACUGCUAAAACAUGAGACCAAGGCACAGACCUUACUGUAUGAGAAGCAAUGCUCCUCAAACCUUCUGCGUGCUGACAUAGACCUUCCCAGAAGCAAAACUGUUGGCGGCGACCUGAGCGCUGGAAGCCGAAGGGGAAGAGGAAGGAGACGCGAAGCCAGGGCGGCCGGCACAAAGGCGGCGGACUCGCGGCGGCAGCGCCUGCCCGGCCGGGAGCACAGCCCGCGGCCCUACUCCAGCGAAGUCCCGCACCGGCUUCUAGGAAUAAAGUUUACGUUCUCCUGAGGCUGCACCCCCCACCUCCCACCCAGGACGGCACAUCUCCGUGUCCUCCUCCCCCAAACUCCACUCGGGACCCCGAGAACCACCCCAGCCUUCCGGCCACCACAACAAAGAGCCGCACCGACCGGCGAGGGUAAACAGCGGCGGAGGGCUAGAGGGCGGCGGGGCGAGCGCCUCCACGCAGCAACUCCAGAGUCCCCCGCUUGCCCGAGCGCAGUUUCUCCGCUGCUGUUUCCACCGGCUUUGUAACACUGGGAAUUUACAUCCUCACCCGCACCCCUCACGCCCGAGGAUUUUAAACUCACCUUUACUUUCGAACUGAGAGUUGCGGUAGAUGAGAUUUUUGCCUUUUCCCCAGAUGGUUGAAGGUUAAGAUUUUUGGAAACCCCACCACCUCCUUAUUUCUAUUAUUAUUUCUGCAAGAAAAGUAUAAAGAGAGUUGUAGUGGAGGUGAGAUUUGUGAUCGGGAAAGCCUUCGACUCCCUCCUUCUCCGUCUUCCGCCUCUCUCUGAUUAGUUCCUAUCCAGCAGCAGAUUGAAGCAGGAGAUGAUUCUUCUCAAGGUUUGUUCAGCAGCUUCACUUCUAGGCGAAGGCUUCAUGAACCAAGUGACGUCAACCAACAAGGCUUCUCUCUGUCUCCUCUCUCUAACAAUGAAAGUUGCUGUUAACAAGGGAAAAAAAGAGAGAGAAUUGUUUAUACCAUUUCAGUUCCAAUAAUAAAUGACCUAUCAGCUCCUAAAGGAGCCAAGGGAGGGGGUCGCUUCUUCUUUCCAAGAAUACUGUAGCUUUGAGUUUGCACCGUUCCUUGUCCCAGGAAAAAGUUAAGAAACUUAAAAUGUUUUGUUUUGCUUUUAAAGAAGACAGGAGAGAAAACGGGAUUUAAAACUUAGUUUUUAAAAAACAAAAGCUACAGAGUAGGGAGCAUAGGUCAACCAUCUCCACCUAAACUUUUUUUGUUCCUAAACUCAGAAUUCUACAACCCAACUAAAUUAAUAUGCCGAGAUUUUGCGGAUGUUAAAACUCAAAAAAAGCAGGAUGCAAGAUGGUCCCGGGGUAAAAUUCUACUGCCUUUCCACGGACAAGUUAAACUGGCUGUAAUGUUUAUGCACUAAGUUAAAAUAAAAUUUAAAUAAAAGACGUUAAAAUA